AUGGAGGCAUUAACGAAGUUCUUAAGAUCUAAGCGUAAAUCGGCCUAUUGUACGGCCAAAGGUACGAUUAAGCUAAGUAAACAAGAAAAAGGAAAGAUUAAGCGAUUUAAGGGUAAUCAAAGCGUAGGAGUAUUUAUAAAUAGGCGAGAAAUGACGACAACGUAUGUAAGUAAGACUUUGCCGGUGGGGAUUGGAGUGAGUAGUGAGGAGAAGAGUCUGGGGGAGAAGAGUCCUGGGGAGGUAGAGAAGCAAGAGGAAAUGGAUAGGAAGUUUAUUCAGAAGCAAAGAAGACGAAUUGACCGGUUGGAAAGACAAGUAAGAGUGGAGGAAGUAGAGGAUUUAUGGGGUGAAGAGCGAGUGGGGAGUAGUAGUAGUAGUGGGGGUGAUCAGAAACUUAGUAGGAAGACUAGUCGGCCCAAUGGAGUAGUAGUUAAUUUAAUGGGUGAGAAUGGGGGUGGAGUUGAAUUUGGCUUGUCAAGAAGUGAUAUUUGGAGUGCAGUUCAUUUCUACCGGGAUGUAGUCAGACGGCCGCGACUAGUCCGUAGUGAAGUAGAAGGACUCUUACGUAAAUUAGUAGCUGUAAAAGUACAAGUACCUUUAGGACUAGAAUUAGCUACGGAAGUGUAUGGAGUGUAUAGUUGGCCGGAGAAUUUAAGAGGAGUCUUUGGGGCUAGUCGGGGGAUUUGGCGAGUGGUUGUGCAUGGGAGUAGUUUAGGAGUAGUGGAUGAGAGUGGGACUUUCCCGAGUCGGAAGAUUAAUUUAGUAGUGGGUAGUCAGAAGGAAAGAGUACUAAUUAGAGUGGCUUAUAUCUCUCCGGAUGAGAAGCAAGUAGCUAUACUGACGGUGGGAGAGGGAAUAGUACUAGUGAGGGUUGAGUGGAUUUUAGGACUGGGAGAAGUAGAGGUGGAUUUAGAGGUGGAGAAGAGUGUACGGUUGUUUAUGGGUAAGACAUUCCGACGGGGUGCUUGGCAUGGGAAGAGUGUUUACUUUGCUGCUAUUUUACACGGACAAGUAGUGAUAGUUAAUACUAAGAAGGGACGCGGGAUAGUAUUUUAUAAGGGAGUCCAGAAGAUUCAGCAGGUAGAGUUUCAUCCAGUUCGGAGUCUUUUAGUCCUAGUUGGUCCGGCUAAUAUCUUCUUCCAUGAUAUCUCUACUCAGAAGAGAGAGACUAAACAGACGAUUAAUCAUAUUUCUGGGGCUAAUACGGUAGGACUGGGUUGGGAAGCAGGUAUACUUUAUGUAGGAACGGGUACACGACAAGUACAAGUCUUUGGGUUGGAUAGUAAUGGGAAGACUCAGUUUAUUAGGGCUGUGCAUGUCCCAGGUAUUCCCCGGAGUAUUUUAGUGCAUAGGAAGGACGGGUAUGCAGCUGUACUGGAUAGGACGCCUAGUGUACUUGUUUAUGGGAAUCCUCGGAGUAGUAAGGGAAUGAAUCCCCGGGAAAGAGCUGGGGCUAUUCAUCGGUAUGAAGAGGCCUAUCGAGCCGGGUACUUCCAUGCCUAUCGGCCUAUGGGACAGUUAGCAGCUGCUAAUAAGCUAUUUACCAUGCAUGCUAAAGUGCCUAAAGUAGGUUUAGAAUUGGGUUAG